AUGGAUACUAACACAAAAAAAUGUUUUGAUUUUAUCUUUAAAAUUAUCAUCUCAUCUAUUGAGUGUAAGAAUAAAGAAGCUCUUAUUGACUUAGUCAAGUCCUCAGUAGAAAACGAUAUUAAUGUUUCACAAUUACUAGAAAAUAACAAAUUUUUAUUCAACAAACCUGAACAAAAAAGUUAUAGUAUUGAUGAUGAUUUUUAUGGUUAUGUGACUUGGAUUAAUUGUUUAACGAACGAAAAUUUUAUAGAAACUGUUAUUCAAAAUUUCAAUGAUAAUCAAUUUAUUCAAAUGAUAAAAGAAAUGAUAGAAAAAGAUCUACUAGAACCUGACAAGAAGAAACUUGCAGAACAGCUUAUUUAUAAGGAAAAUUCCAAUUAUCAUUUUAUUAACUCUUCACUAAAUUCUCAGUUAAAAAAUGAAAUAAAUACAGCAGAUUAUUUAGAUUUUAAAAAUAGUAUAGAAGAAGAGUUUAUGAAGAAUAGUUUAGUUGAAGAUAUGACAGAAUCCAAUUUAAAAUCAAGUAGGCAACUAGUAAAUACACAAUUGUAUGACUCAAUGUUAAAUGAUUAUAUAAAUGAGAAAGUUAAUAAACACAUAGAAAUGAUUAAAAACAAUAUUCAUUGUGAUGAACUAUCUCUAUCAUUCGAUAGUGAACAAUUAGUUCAGAAAGAAUUGGAUAAAGUUAUUCUUCCUCAAGUUGAACAACAAACAGUUGUUAUGCUAAUUAGUGAUGAAGGAAAAAUAGUUUCUAUUUAUUCAAAAAAACCUAAUAUAUCCGUUUUAUACCCUCCGAAAAAUAAUACAAUGUUACUUUUUAAUGAAAAUGGUAAACAGAAAGAAUGUAAAAAAAGUUCGUUCCUUUUUAUCAAUAAUAACCAAAUUAAUUUUUAUGAUGGGUUAUUGAAUUCUUUUAUUGAAUUAAAUGAUGGAACAAUUGAUACUGAAUUUAAAGGUGAGAUUUUAGAUUUUAUUGGAGUAAAAAAAUGGAAAACUGUACGAGUUGUAGUUUAUAAUAAGUCUCCUAAAAGUGGCAGUGAUAAUACUACUGAUAAUACUGCUGAUAAUGCAUCUAUACAUUUAACUUCAAAUACUAAAACAUUAAAAGACGUUCUUGAAAAGGAGUUGAAACUAACUAAUACUAAGUAUGAUUACAAUGAAAUUAAAGGGCUACAUGACAUUAAAUCAACAGAGGUAAUUGAAAUUUAUGUUCAAGUUGAAAAUAACAUUAACAUCAUUGGGCUUCUUGCUAAUAAAAAAACAGUAUGCUUCUUUGAAUAUGAAAUUGACAAAUUAAAUUCUCAAAGAUACACAAGGAAGCCUAUACGUUAUUUCCAAAAAUCAUCAUAUAAUAAUUUUUCAAUAACUCCUCCUGACCCAGUUAUAUCAUUCGACACACCAGGAUUUAUUUUGACUACUCCACUUUUUUCAAUAUCUGAUCAGUUAACCAUCACUAAAUAUCCAUUCAAUUUGAAACUUUAUUCUCCAACCUUUGAAACUAAUUCCUUUUUCAUUAGUGGUCCAACUUCUCAAAGGGUAAAAGAAAUAGCUUAUCGUUUUACAGAAGUAUGA